AUGUCUGACACGUACAACUGCACGCUGGGACCACCGUGGGUGAACGUCACGCUUUCAAAGAUGUAUAAAAACGAGAAGAAAUUGCUGUACCCGGUGAAUGUCGGGCGUAACAUAGCCCGUGAAUCGGCGCCGACGUUCUACGUGUUUGCAAGCGAUAUCGAGCUGUAUCCGAACCCGGACUUGCCGGCGAAGUUCCUCGAGAUGAUCAGAAGGAGGGAUCAGCCCGCUCUCUACAAGCCUAAUCCAAAGGUUUUUGUAUUGUCUAUCUUCGAGGUGGACGAGAAGAGUCAACCGCCUAAUAACAAAACACAUUUGGCAAGUCAAGAUACAGUGCAGAUGCUGAAGGCCGGUACGGCGAUACCCUUUCACAAGAAAUUAUGCUCCGGCUGUCAUAACGUUCCUCGAAGCAAAGAGUGGCAGGAAGCACCGGAAACCGAGGAUCUUCACGUGUUUCACGUCGGCAAGAGGACAGGCAGUUUCGUUCACUGGGAGCCGAUCUUCAUCGGGACCAAUAAUGAUCCUCUGUACGACGAGAGGCUCAGCUGGGAAGGGAAAAGCGACAAAAUGACACAGGUGUGA